AUGGUCGAAAAAGGAAAAGUCCAUUGGCGUAAUGUCUUACUGAGAGUUCUUGUUGCAAUACAGUAUUUAGCUAAAAAUAAUGAUGCUUUCGUAGGAUGUUCGGAUAUCUUAUAUGGGAAAAAUAAUGGUAAAAGGCAUUAUAGAAAUGUAGACGAAAUUUGA